UUCUUCUAGCUUCUUCUUUUGUUAACAAUUUGUGUUGUAGAACUAGAAAUAAGUACAGAGAGAAGAGAUAUUUUCUUGAAAUAUAGAAAAAUGGGUAACAACAAAUGGCAGAGAAAAGCAUCAUCAUCAAUGUUUUCGAUGUUCAACAUGUUCAAGCAGACAACAUCGAGGAGAUCAUCAUCAUGUGAUUACGAUAUGGGAUGGGAUGACGCAGUAAAUGUAAGGAGAGCUCGUGCAAGCGAUGAUGAUAGAGGGAGAUGGGUAGCUGAACCUGAUAUUGAUAGGAAAGCCACUGCUUUCAUUGCUAGAUUCUAUGAAAGUCGUGUUUCAGAUGCUGAACAUAAUACAGUGGCACCAGUCUAUAACUAAGUGAAAACAUGCCUAGCUAGUUAUAUUCUGCUGAUUCAUAAGUCGACUGGAUUCAAUUCGAUCACUUACUAGCAGUCUCUCUCAUGAAUAUAUAUGAAUCACCAUUUAUUAGGGUUUUGUUUUAUUGUAAUUUGUUUCUCUACUGAUCGAAGUCGUUUAACUUGAAUUACAAUAAUGAAGAAUAAUACGUACCUACGUGCAAUUGUAUGUUUGUGCAAUCAAUCAAUAAAGCUUGUUUGUAAUUAGUUCUCUACUUGUGAUUAACUAUUUAAUUGCGUGAUUAAUAUUAGCUACAUAGUUUUU